AUGCGCAGUAAACGGAGGGAGCGCGGGGCUCCGGAGCGCAUGCGCAGUAAACGGAGGGAGCGCGGGGCUUCGGCGCGAGGUCCCAGCCGCCGGUCCUUGCAGAAGAGCGGGAGCCGGAGCGGGAGGUGCAGCAUGCACCCACACCAGCCCUCUCCCACCACCGAUGCCAAGAAGAAAUCAUCCUGCCACGGACUUGGCUUAUUUUAUACACUAUUGUCUGCCUUCCUUUUCUCAGUGGCCUCUUUAUUUGUAAAAAAAAUUGAGGAUGUCCAUUCAGUGGAAAUAAGUGCAUUUCGGUGUGCAUUUCAAAUGCUAUUCGUUCUUCCUUUCUUAAUAUACACAAAGACAGGAUUCUGGGGACCGAAAGGCAAACGAGGCUUCCUCUUCCUCAGGGGAGUCCUUGGGUCCACGGCGAUGAUUCUUCUCUACUACGCUUUCCAGGCUAUGCCUCUUGCCGACGCCACCGUGAUCACAUUUAGCAGCCCUGUUUUCACUUCAAUAUUUGCCUGGAUAUUCCUCAAGGAAAAAUACAGCAUCUGGGACCUGCUUUUCACCGUCUUUACCAUCACCGGCGUGGUGCUUAUUGCAAGGCCCCCCUUCCUGUUUGGCUCCAACACGGUCGGGAUGGAAGGCGACUAUUCUGAUCACCUCAAGGGGACCUUAGCCGCCGUAGGAGGUGCAAUCGGGGCUGCCUUGACUCUUGUAAUCCUAAGAAAGAUGGGCAAGUCUGUACAUUACCUUCUGAAUAUUUGGUAUUAUGUGGUCAUCGGGCUCAUUGAGUGCGUCCUGGCCCUCUUUGUCAUAGGAGAGUGGCGUCUACCUCACUGCGGGUUAGAUCGAUUUUUUCUGAUACUGAUUGGGCUUUUUGGUUUGGGGGGUCAGAUAUUCCUCACCAAGGCAGUCCAGAUAGAAAGAGCGGGGCCCGUGGCCAUAAUGAAAACCAUGGAUGUGGUCUUUGCUUUCAUCCUGCAGGUUCUUUUCCUCAAUAACGUACCCACCUGGUGGACGGUUGGGGGGGCCUUGUGCGUGGUAGCCAGUAGUUCUGGAACCGCAAUUCGUAAGUGGUACCAGAGUUCCCACUCGAGCCCUCGCUCUGAAAUCUGAUCUCAUCUCAGGAGCACGCACGCGACUUUGCAAACGGCUGUUUGGCUCCAACAGGGUCGGGGUGGAAGGAAACUCUUCAGACCACCUCAAGGGGACCUGAGCAGCUAUAAGAGGUGCAGUCGGGGCUGCCUUGACUCUUGUAAUUCUCAGAAAGGUGGGCAAGUCUGUACAUUUCUCACAGGUUCCCAUUCGGUGAUUUCCCGUUACUCGUGAGGCUCAAAUCGCGACUAUUUGGUGGGUGAGGGAAAUUGGGCGGGACAAAAAAGUGUGUCGACAUUGGCACUGAGGACACAGAGCUCGUUAAGGUGGGGCUUCAGGCCCCUCUGCCCUGUGAACGGACUUAACUUUGCCACAGGGGAGACUGGCUCGAUAGUUUUGUAAAUCAUUGGUAAUUCCUCAGCCGAUCCCUUCGCAGAACUGUUUUCCAGGGGCUGAUUUUUUUCCCAGCAUUUCUCCCUGUUUACUCCGAGUUCUGACAACUGCAUUAUCUAGGCAGAGGGCAGGCGAGCUGUAGAAUGAUAACCUUGAAUAAUGUACAGAUCGAGGGGCUUUCUGUUAGCGUAUAUUAAUACUGCUUUGGUGACUCCGAAGUAGUGAUUUUUUUCCUGAACUCACAUUUUUCAACUAGGUACUGUAACCAUUUUAAGUUGUACUAAGCUGAAAUUUUUCAUAGAAGCUAUCUGCUUGCUUUAUGAAUAAUGUAAUUUCUGGUGCCUUUCUUUUUCCACUCACGGACUUAUUUUUCUUUUAACCAUUCACUGCACCUUUACUUGGAGUUUUCCGAAGUAGUGGCAGAGAGUUGUCCCCAAAUAGCUAAACGUGGUUAAAUGUAUUCAACGACCGUCGUAGUCAUAACUCCCCUUUUUAGUUUAAUAACCUCACCGUACAAAAUUUUGUGAAGUAUUUUUAAAAGCGUACUAUUCAUAUCAAGAGGCUCAAAGUCAGCGUUACCUGCACAUUUCUAAGAAGGCUGCUGCCAAGUUGAUUUGCUCGAAAUUCAUUUUGGGCUACGGAGCUUCACCGAGGGAAAAUAACUCAGGGUUUUAGAUUACUAUUUUUGCUAAUCUCUUAACCAAAAUCAACGAACAGAGAUCUCUAUUUUACCUUGGAAUGUUUUUUUUUUUCAGCAGCAUUGGCAAGCUGAUUUUUAUAGACUAUCUCUUCCUAUGGAACUUUAUGCAAUUUGUUCUAUGUUAUUUCUACAAUGCUAAGACCUGUUGCUAUCAACGGGUUCGUUGUUCUAUUGAUCUUUACAGCACCUUGACUAGAAAGCUUAAUAGUCACGUACACUGCCCAUGUAGGGGAUUGCUUGGACUUGCUACGCAUCAGUUUGAUGCCCUUUCUUGCUCUGCACAAAAAGUCCAUCCGAACGAACGGCGUGUUUGCACCAGGGGUUUAAAUGGAACGGAGCAGCUGAAGAAUCCUUCCGGCAGUGAGGAGAGAAUGGGUAAUCCCCCCAGGGCGUUGGGGAGAUAGUUUGGGGAGUAGGAAGUGUAAUCUGAUCUUCCUAGUUUGCCACAAAAAUCCCUCUAAGGGGGAACGGUUGGUUGCAUUUAACUCGUAGGCAUUCAACCGAACGGCAGUCACGGUCCUGGACCCCACGGACCAUUGGAUUCCCCACGCAGUAUGCCAUUAUGGCAACCAUUUGAGCGACUGUCCCCCCCCCGCCUUUCAUCUGGCAGAUAAUUCAGUAACGAAGUCUGACCAGAGCGAGGAUGGACCGAAACGCAUCAUUUUGCCGAGUUGAAGUGAUUCUCAUAGGGUCCCAUUUAACCCUACGCACUAGUAGGUAUUCAGGUUUUCAAGAUUUCCGUUACCUCCAGUGGAGGAGCAGUUCACUCUUAAGGCCAAAAUCAGUACCCUAGUGUCUUCUCUCAUCUUUCUCCGUUACUCUCUCUCUCUUCGGAAAGCCAGGUUCACACAAAUGAAGAGGUGGAAAAUGGAGAUAAUUAUCAAAAUAACUCAGGCCAGAGACAUUGCCUGAUGUGACCAGAUCAUUAAGGCAACCGUUCUAUCGUUUGCCGAGAAUUUUAUCCCGAGAACUACUCUCAUUCUCCACUUCAUUUAGCUAGUUGAACUUGGUUAAGUAUCUUUUAGGGUAUUUGACUUUUAAUAGUUUUAGAAGGUUAUAAAAUAUAUAAAAGCUUGCAUGUUUCAGCAGUUACUCUGGGUUUGUAUAUUUUGAGAUUAUAUUUCCUAUUAAAGAGGAAAGAAUAUUUUCAUAAGCUAUUUAUUUUGUAAACACUAAUAAAAUGAAUCGAGUAAGCAUGUUUUGGUAUUCACACAGUAACAGUAAAAGAGUGAUCGUAGAUCUAUCUGAAUAUGAAAGGGGGGAAAAAAUCAACCUAUAACUUAUUUUUUAAUUUAUUUUCUAUUUUU